CACGCCCUAGAAUCAUGUGAUGUUACUUCCUGCUUUUGUUUGGUCAGAGGGGCCAUGGCUCCUUCGGUGCUGCUUGUGUUGCUUUUGGUUUGGACUGCAGGUGCUACGCUUCGCCUUGCCUCCUAUUAUGGCGAUCACAUGGUACUGCAGAAGCAACCAAGUCAGGCCGUCAUAUGGGGCUAUGGGGAUCCUGGCGCCAACAUAAUAGUGACUGUUUCUAAGGAUCACAACGUUAUGGAAAAAGUGACAGACAUUAAAGGCUCUGGGAUCUGGAAAGUACUCCUGAGUCCUAUGGCCCAUGGCGGCCCUUUCAAUAUACACAUACGGCAGUAUUUGAAGGGAAAGGUAUCAAAUGUGACGUUGAAGGAUGUCUACUUUGGAGAUGUAUGGUUUUGUAGUGGACAAAGUAACAUGGAGAUGACAGUUUCUCAGAUAUUCAAUGCCAGUAAGGAGCUUGCAGAGGCUUCCCAUUACUCACUCGUGCGUGUGUUUGCAGCUGGUCUUGUCCAGUCCGAAGUGGAACUGCAGGACCUUGCCAGCGUCAGCUUGCCAUGGUCUAUUCCAACAGCCAAGAACCUUGGCCAUGGCGACUUCAGUUACUUCUCUGCUGUGUGCUGGCUCUUUGGCCGGUAUUUGUUCGAGGAGCUCAGGUAUCCCAUAGGACUGAUAGACUCCUCCUGGGGAGGGACACCAAUAGAAGCCUGGUCUUCCAAGAGGGCACUGCGGGAAUGUGCAAUCUCAGGAUACUCUAAAAAGGCUGCUUCCUUAUCCAUUGAUUCUGGCCCCAAAGGGUUAUCGGUGCUCUGGAAUGCCAUGAUUCACCCUUUUCUCAACAUGACCCUCCAAGGUGUUAUUUGGUAUCAAGGUGAAGCGAACACCCUUAUAGACACCAAUCUGUACAACUGUACAUUUCCCACACUCAUAGAAGACUGGCGGAAAGCCUUCCACGAAGGGUCUGAUUGGCAAACUCAGCGGUACUUUCCCUUUGGCUUCGUCCAGUUAUGUACAGUUCACUCUGAGGAACAUAACGACAACUUUCCACGUAUCAGAUGGCACCAAACAGCAGACUAUGGCUUUGUCCCUAAUAAGAAAAUGCUCAAUACUUUCAUGGCUGUGACUAUAGAUCUUGGUGAUGAAGAUUCCCCCUAUGGAAGCAUCCAUCCUCGAGAUAAGCAGACAGUGGCCUCUCGAUUGCUCCGUGGUGCCUUGGCAUUAGCUUACGGUGAUAAAACCAUCGUUUUCCAAGGCCCAUACCCUGAGAGAGUGGAGGUGGAUGUAGCCCACAAAAGUAUCAAUGUCUCCUAUAAAGGAGAUAUCCAGCUUCGCCGCUUGACCAAUAACACAUUUGAGGUGUGCUGCUCUGAAAAGUCAUCAUGCAUUUGGAGUCCAGUAACCAUUGCUACCAGCACUUCCCACACAGUGCAUCUGCACAACCCAGCGUGCCCAAAUAGCACAGUCGGCCUCCGCUAUGCGUGGAAUGAGUGGCCAUGUGACUACAAGCUAUGUCCCAUUUACAACUUACAAGGAUUGCCUGCCCCUCCGUUCAUCACAUUUUCGCAGAAGAACUCUGGUUGGAAUGUAUCAUGAGUGGGGUGACAGCAGAAAGAUGGGUGGACGAUCUUAUAUUUUGGCCUCACAGGCUGCCCUAUGAAGUUCUGAAAAAUUGUGGCAGAUUAUGUUUCUCAGUGUAGUAAACCUCUCUGGCAGAGAGAGAAAAAACCUUAAAAUUGGGGGUUGUGGUUGCUUACUCCUCAGAAAAU